AUGCAUCGUCAGUCAAUCCUGUUCUUCGCUCUCCUUCUCUCCUUGGCUUGCUGCGAUGCAGACAGCGUCAGGUGUGAGGAGGAGGAGGAGGAGGAGCUUCUGCCGACCCCUGCUUCCCUCAAGAGGGAGAUCGCGAGCGAGCGAGGAGCGGCAGUGGUGGACGCCGCGAGGGCGAGCAUUGCGAGGAUCCUUGCGGGGGAGGACGACCGGCUGCUGGUGCUAGCCGGUCCAUGCUCGAUCCAUGAUGUCGAUGCGAGCAUGGAGUAUGCUAGGAUACUGCAGAGGCUGCAAGAAGAGCAUGGGGAGCAGCUGCUGAUCGUGAUGCGAACUUACUUUGAGAAGCCGAGGACAACGCUGGGGUGGAAAGGUCUCAUCAACGACCCUCUCCUCGACUCCUCCCACAACGUCGCCCAUGGUCUCAGAACUGCCCGCACGCUCCUCCGAGACAUCAACAAGGCUGGGGUAGCGUGUGCUACGGAGUUCCUGGAUCCGACGAUCUCACUUUACAUCUCAGAUCUGAUCAGCUACGGGUCUGUUGGAGCUCGCACAUGCGAAUCGCAGACGCAUAGAGAAAUGGCGUCCGGGCUCCGCAUGCCUGUGGGGAUCAAGAACCCGACCUCAGGGGAUGUGCAGGAAGCGGUCGAUGCUGUUGUUGCAAGCUCUGCUGCCCAUCACCAUGUGGGGAUCAACGAAGAGGGGAAUGUGGUUCGCAAGAGGACGACGGGGAACAAGGGAGCGCAUGUGAUUCUGCGAGGAGGAAAGUCUGGCCCAAACUACAACUUGACUACUAUCUCCACUGCUGUAGACAAACUUGAAAUCGCGAAGGUCAACUCUCGACUAGUUAUCGACUGCAGUCACGGCAACAGCUUCAAGCAGCAUCUCCUCCAGCAGCAGGUGGCUCAGCAUAUCGCGCAGCUAGUAGCGGAAGGGAACAGCAACAUCGCCGGCGUUAUGCUCGAAUCUUUCCUGCUCGCUGGCAAGCAGGCGACCCCUUCGACCGUCCUCGAGGUCGAGCAGCUCGAGUACGGCAAGUCUAUCACAGAUGCCUGCAUGGACAUCGAGAGCACCGUCAAGGUCAUUGAACAAUUCGCGGAGGCAGUGAAGGCCAGAAGGAGGCGAAUAGAUGACAAGUGA